AUGGCUUCCCCCGAUUCUGAGUUGCCUCACAACAAUUUUGACACAAUUCUUGUGCUCGACUUCGGCUCGCAAACAAGCCAUUUGAUCCUGCGCCGUCUUCGAUCUCUGGGUGUCUUCGCCGAGCUGCUUCCCUGCACCACCAAGAUCGCUGAUCUGACAUGGAAGCCCAAGGGAAUCGUCUUCUCCGGAGGUCCUUCCUCCGUUUAUGAUGAGGGUUCACCCCACGUGGAUCCCGCGGUCUUUGACCUGAACGUACCGAUCCUGGGUAUUUGCUAUGGGUGCCAGGAAAUCGCUUGGCGUAUCGACUCGAAGAAUGUUGCCCGUGGAAAGGCUCGCGAGUACGGCCAUGCCGAUGUCAAGAUCACCAAGGUCAACAGCCACGUCGACCGCCUUUUUGCUGGACUAGGAGAGGAGGUUCCUGUCUUCAUGUCUCACUUUGACAAGCUCGUCACCUUGCCCGCCGGAUUUGUGGUCAUUGGUGCCACGAAGAACUCCGAGUUCGCCGGUAUUGCGCACGAGGAGAAGCCUAUCUUCGGCGUUCAAUUCCACCCCGAACUCGAGCACACUCCCUGUGGAACCGAUAUCCUCCGUAACUUCAGUGUCGAGAUUUGCGGUGCUAAGCCAAGCUGGAAGAUGGGUGACUUUGUUCAGCUCGAGAUUGCUCGCAUUCGCGAACUCGUUGGUGACAAGGCCCUCGUUCUGGGAGCUGUGAGCGGUGGUGUCGACAGCACUGUUGGCGCGGCUCUGAUGAAGGAGGCUAUCGGCGACCGCUUCAAGGCUAUUCUCGUUGAUAACGGAUGCAUGCGUCUGAACGAGUGUGAGCAGGUGAAGGAGACGCUUGGAAAGCACCUGGGCAUCAACUUGACCGUUGUCGAUGCGGCUGAGCUUUUCCUGGGUCGCCUUGCCGGCGUUACUGACCCGGAGAAGAAGCGCAAGAUCAUCGGCUCUACCUUCAUCGACUUGUUCGAGCAGGAGGCUAUCCGAAUCGAGAAGGAAGCCGAGAACACCCCCAACUCCGGCAAGGUUGAGUGGUUCUUGCAAGGAACUCUCUACCCUGAUGUCAUCGAGUCCCUCAGCUUCCGUGGUCCCUCGGCCACUAUCAAGACUCACCACAACGUCGGCGGUUUGCCCGAGCGUAUGAUGAACGGUCAAGGCCUGCGCCUCAUUGAGCCGCUGCGACUCCUUUUCAAGGAUGAAGUCAGGGCCAUUGGUCGCCAACUCGGCAUCCACGAGUCUCUCGUGAACCGCCACCCUUUCCCCGGUCCUGGCAUUGCCAUCCGCAUCCUCGGUGAUGUCACCAAGGAACGAGUUGAGAUUGCUCGCCAGGCCGACAACAUCUUCAUUAACAUGAUCAAGGAGGCUGGCCUCUAUGACCAAAUUUCUCAGGCAUUUGCUGGUCUUGAUACCAACCGCAGUGUUGGUGUCUUCGGUGACCAGCGUGUUUGGGGUUACAUCAUCAUCCUCCGCGCUGUUCGCACCAAGGACUUCAUGAGCGCCGAGGUCUUCAACUUUGACAACGCAUUCCUUGCAAACGUUUCGCGCACCAUCUGUAACCAGGUGGAGGGUGUGGCCCGUGUUGUCUAUGAUCUUACCUCCAAGCCUCCCGGCACCAUCGAGCUGGAGUAA